AUGGUGUUGGUACAGCGGCUGUUUGUUGAGAUCACACUGGGACGCAUCACUGUCAUCAACGCCUCCUCCCACUGGUCCGGUAACUACGCCAACAUAACAGCAAGAGCCAAUGAGAGGUCUCCAGAGAAGAAGCCAGGUAGCACACUGAGGAAGAGGAAGAUGUACGAAGAGUUCCUGAGCAAGGUCUCCAUCCUCGAGUCUCUGGACAAGUGGGAGCGUCUGACUGUAGCUGAUUCUCUGGAGCCGGUCCAGUUUGAGGACGGGGAGAAGAUCGUGGUACAGGGAGACCCUGGAGAUGACUUCUUCAUCAUCACAGAGGGUACAGCCUCUGUUCUCCAGCGUAGGUCUGACAAUGAGGAGUAUGUCGAGGUUGGUCGUCUGGGGCCCUCAGACUACUUUGGUGAGAUCGCCCUGCUGCUGAACAGGCCGCGGGCGGCCACAGUGGUGGCCCGGGGACCCCUGAAGUGUGUGAAGCUGGACCGGCCCCGCUUCGAACGGGUCCUGGGGCCCUGCUCGGAGAUCCUAAAGAGGAACAUCCAGAGAUACAACAGCUUCAUCUCUCUCACCGUGUGAGGGGCCA